ACGUCUGUCCCAUGAGGCGCCUGUGCAGAACAACGCCACCUUGUGGUCACUUGAGCUCGUCAGACACAGGAGCUGCUUCUGAAUCACAGGGAAGAGUCCGAGCAGCAGCAGCAGCGGCAGCGGCGGCGGCGGCGGCGGCGGCACUGUUCCUCCGCAGCGGCACCGCACCACUGGCCGCAGCACGGACCCUGGGAGCCCCGUCCCCCGCCCCCCGUCCCCCGUGUGUCCUCGGAGCAGAAUGCGCUGAUCUGCGCUCCGUCAGCAGGAUGAUAUCCGUCGUCUCCACGGUGGAGAGCGUCCCCAGAGGAACGGGCACCCCGGCACCAAGCCUCUUCCAGCGGAUCAGGAAGCUCCUAACCAGGGACCUGCUGGUGACCCUGGCCCUGGGCCAGGUCUUGUCCUUGUUAAUCUGUGCUAUCAGUCUGACCAGCAAGUACCUGGCUGAUGACUUCCACGCUAACACACCUGUGUUCCAGAGCUUUCUGAACUACAUCCUUCUGUUUCUGGUCUACACCACCACACUGGCAGUCAGGCAAGGGGAAGGGAACUUGCUGGCCAUUCUGAAGCAGCGCUGGUGGAAAUACAUGAUUCUGGGUUUGAUAGACAUCGAGGCCAACUAUCUGGUCCUUAAGGCUUACCAGUACACUACACUCUCCAGUGUACAGCUGUUGGACUGUUUUGUCAUCCCAGUUGUUCUGCUGCUUUCCUGGUUCUUCCUCUUGGUGAGGUACAAGGCUGCCCACUUUGUCGGGGCAGGACUGUGUCUGCUGGGUAUCAGCUGUAUGGUGGGAACAGACAUCUUACUUGGGCGGCAGCAAGGCCUUGAAGAGCAGAAGCUAUUUGGGGAUCUUUUGGUUCUGGGAGGAGCAACACUGUAUGGGAUCUCCAACGUCUGCGAGGAGUACAUUGUGAAGAACCUCAGUCGUGUGGAGUUCCUUGGCAUGAUGGGACUCUUCGGAUCCUUCUUCAGCGGCAUCCAGCUGGCAGUCAUGGAACACAAGGAGCUGCUGAAGGUGUCCUGGGACUGGCAGAUUGGGCUUCUAUACAUUGGUUUCAGUGCCUUCAUGUUUGGCCUGUACAGCUUCAUGCCUGUGGUGCUGAAGAGGACGAGUGCCACCUCAGUCAAUCUCUCUCUGCUCACAACUGAUCUGUACAGCCUCUUUUGUGGCCUCUUCCUCUUUCAUUACAAGUUCUCUUGCCUCUAUCUGCUGUCAUUCUGCAUCAUUAUCUUGGGCCUGGUCUUUUACUCCUCCUCAUCUACCUAUGUGGUCCAGGAUCCGCGAGUCUACAAGCAGUUCAGGAACACCGGCAGCCAGCUGGCUACAGACCCACAUCUGCUCAGACCUGUAGUCCCGGAGCCCUCCGUCACCUACACCAGCCUGGGCCCCGAGCUAGGGGACGAUCUUCCUGUACGUGUAGCCUAAGAUGAUAUGGCAGGGUUUAGUCUGUCAGCAGGGUGGAUCAGUGCGUCAGCUGCAGCCUCUAGGUUAUAAACAGAGAAAAGUGCUGGAUGUGCCAAGUCUGCUUAGCAGGGCAGCUGCACGAUCACCCAGGUAGGUCCAGGUUUUCAUUUUACGGCCUUUACUGAGUGAUGAGGAGUCUCCAUCUGCUCAGUGACCAACUUAUGUUUUUGUGUCCCCAAAUAUGUACCUGAUAAGUGAAUGACCAGAAUGUAAUUAAAUCAGAUAGCAAAGAGAGUGAAUAUGUUGAGUUCACUGUGAUCAAAGUCUGUGAGUAGACAGUAGUGACUGGAAAUGAUCAUUCAUGUAAAUAGAUUGUAUUGUAUUUUUAUUUAAUCUCCGGCUCCUCUUUUAUAUCUGUCAAGAAUGUUUGUGCUUAAUCUCUGUGUAUACUGUAUGCUACAACGAUGUUCAUCUGAUUGAAGUGCACACUGUUUCUGAAUCCACCUGUUCCAGUCCAGUGGCCACCAGUGGUCACGCCAGUCUGUUAAAUACUCGUGUACACAGUAGUGGCAGAUGCCUCCUCAUGACUUUGUUACCAAGUUGCUACACUUUGCUGUACAUUUUUUCACAUGAUGGAUAUUUUGUAGACUGGUACAAAUAUAUACUGAGACAUCAAAUAUAUUCAGAAAGUCAUUUUACAGUGUGAAAAAGACUUUACAUCAGCAUUUAGACUGCAUCAUGAGAAAUAGAAUUCACAGAAAAUUAAUAAAACAACUGAAAAUCUCCAAUGGUA